AUGGCUGCUUCCGGAAGUACCUGCAUCGCUUUGAACAUAUUUCAACCGGACGCUACGUUCUAUCUGGAAUCGUUGCCAUGCAGUUCACAGCUCCUACCACCAGCCACACAUCCCUGCAUGCGAGGUUACAGCUCCGUCCACACACAGCAACCGGCCGGUCCGAUACGGGAGUACAACAUCGAUCCGUACAUCCUGCUGGACGAAGAGCUCAAAUAUAUCUUCGAAGAUAUCAGACAAGAAAUCAACCGUGCCACCAACCACCAAGAGCUGGAAAAAAUAGCCGUGUAUUACUUUGACGGUCAGGGAAAAGCGAUUCGACCGAUGGUCGCGAUGCUGAUGGCCAAAGCGUUGAACUAUCACAUGCACAACGAGACCAGCGAGCCUCCUCGAGCCUUCGAGUUGGUGAUUGAGCCGGUAGGGAUACUGACCCUUUCGCUGAAUGUUACCGAGAACAAAGAAAAUCCGUUCUGCAAUCCGGGUGGAGUGACUGUACUUCGAUCAUGA